AAAGGACCAUUGGCCGUGUGUGUGCGUGUGACUAUUUUUAAGUGCAUAAUAUUUACUACAUUGUUGCUACGUGUAUUGUUGUGAAAUAUAUAGAUGGAUUUGAAGACUUGAAGUUUGAGGACUCUAUUUUUAAAACAAAGAUGGCGAAGAAUAUCAUCGUUUUCGGCUUAGCCAUAGCUCUAAUGAUGUCAUCCAGUGAAGCGUUGAGGAUCCUGGUGUUCUUCCCGAUGUACUCCAAGAGUCACAGCAUAUUGGGUCACGGGGUCGUCAAUAGGCUGUUAGAAGCUGGUCAUGAGGUUGUGCACGUCACUUCAUUUCCGACGGAAAAGCCAUCUCCAAACCUAACAGAAGUAAAUCUAGAAGAGACAGGGAAAAAGAUGAAGGCAUCUAUGGCUAACGAUGACACGUACAAAAUAAAGAAUAUGGUUGGCAAAGGGAACUUUGGUGACUCAGUGUUCUUCAUGUACUUCACGUAUGACAUACACAAGAAAAUCCUGGGCACUGAAGAGCUGGUGCAGUUUCUCAAGGAUCCCAAGCAGAAGUUUGAUGCGGUGGUGCUUGAAUGGUUCUUCUCUGACGUCAUCGCUGGGAUAGCUCCUCUAUUCCAGUGCCCACUGAUCUGGUUCGCAUCUACAGAAGCUCACUGGCAAGUCAUGAAGCUCAUCGACGAGGUACCGAACCCAGCGUUUAAUGUGGACAUCUUCUCUGCCAGUAGACCGCCACUGAGCUAUUGGGAGAGAUUCCUCGAGUUUUAUACUAUGAUGAAAAAGAUGCUUAUAUUUAGUGUAAUCUUCACGCCAUGGGAGAAAACGUUAUACCAUGAGACAUUCACAAGUAUCGCUGCUGCUAAGGGCCUCACUCUGCCAUCUUACGACGAGGCGGUCUACAACGGCAGCUUUAUGUUUAUUAACUCGCAUCCCUCUAUCGGCACGCCCUUUAGAUUGCCGCAGAGUGCUAAGUACAUUGCUGGAUACCAUAUUGACAGGACUGUCAAACCUUUGCCGAAGGAUCUACAGAAGCUUAUGGACGAAGCGAAGUACGGAGUAAUAUACUUCAGCAUGGGCAGUAACUGGAAAAGUGCAGACAUGUCGGAAAACAUGAAGAAAACCCUACUGGACAUGUUCGCCAAACUAAAACAGACGGUUAUUUGGAAAUUUGAAGAGGACUUGGAUAAAGUUCCGGCUAAUGUUCAAUUGGUUAAAUGGGCUCCACAGUUGGCUAUACUCGCUCACCCAAACCUGAAAUUCUUCAUCACGCACGGCGGCCAGCUAUCAACGACUGAGGCCAUACACUUCGGCGUGCCAGUCAUUGGCAUACCGAUAGCUGGGGACCAAUACGUUAAUAUGCGCUCCGUGGCCAAGAAGGGCUUUGGCAUCGCGAUCACGUUGGCAGAAGACAUGGCUGACCACAUAUAUGUCGCUAUACAGAAAAUGUUGGAAAGUAACAAAUACAAAGCAAAGGCGAAAGAGUUAUCGUUCAUCUACCACAACAGAAACCAGCAACCAGGUGACGAGCUGGUCUUCUGGAUAGAACACGUGGUCGCAACCGGAGGAGCCAGCCAUUUGAAGUCACCUGCCCUAUCUGUGCCUUGUUACCAGAAGAUGCAUUUAGAUAUACUUGUUGUACUGCUGAUAGUAUUAGUUGUAGGAAUUAAGCUGAUAAGGAGGGUAGUGAAAAAAGAUAAUUCUAAGGGUAAGAAGGAAAAAACAAAGUAGGCUUAAGGGUUGUUUCUUAAAUUAUUUGUAAAAUUUAUUUAUUUCAUAAAUAAAAGAAUUGAAUUUAAUGUCUUCACGAAGUAUAUUUAGUGACAAUGAAGCAAACAAGCGGCAACGACACCUAAACCUUACAAAUACCCUCAAACACAGAUAUAAGAGGUAACUAGAUUUAUAAAGUGUCAAUUCUUUGUAUUGAACCCAGCGUACCCAGGGGCGUGGCCUAAAUGGCUGUUUAAUAUUUAGUGAAAAAUGAAAUAUGUCACCCUUACUUUAAAGUUGUUAUUAUUUAUUCCUUUUGUCACAGAACAAAACAAGACUGCUAGUACAUGCGCGGACACGCUUGCGAUGUUCCGCACACCCGGGUGUACGCGGGCCACGCCCCCUUGCUACUUCUAUUGCUAAAAGCGUUAGCUUUUAUCGUUGUCUGUUCUGUGCCCUCAAAGGAACGAUAUUUUAUACUUGUAAAUAUGUUACGUGCCUACAAAAUCACCGCAAAAAGUGAUCCAAACUCAGCUGUUCCACACAUGCGCUAUUUUGUGUUUACUUACGUUAUAUAUUUAUGUACCUAUAUAUAGUUUUUACACUUCCUGAACACACAACUCGACAUUAGACAAUUUUUAGGUAUUAUUUGUUAAAAUAUCUUUCGUUGUUUGAUAAGCGACUAAAUGAAAUUAAUUGUCUUAAUUUCAUUUGUCCGCCACAAUUUCCAAUAGCCACAUUUGUCCGCCUCAGUUUCGACGCACUAGUGCCAUACCUAUCUCUAGUAUAUAAAUAUCGUUGCCUCAAAGUAAGUUUUCACUCCGAAACUGGAGCAUUCUCACCAGAUUUUAACUCUACAAUUAUCCAUACCCAAUAGGGAUGAUGACAGUUUUUUAAAUUGUAUAUAAAUUAAGAGUAUGUUAAUGGUAAAGCAAUUUUAUAAAAGGAACAGGGUAUCUGCGAUCAUUACUUUCGGAGCUAAAUCCGCAAAUAAUGAUUGCAAAUAUCCGAAAGUAAUGAUUGCAAAUAUCCGCGGCGUUGCCGCGGAUUUCUGAAAAACGCCCCAUACAAAAUGGCACGAACUAAUGACGUCGUAGGUAAUGUAAUGGUCGUUACAUUUGUAUGCGCGUUCAAACAAAAAUACUAAUAUCUUUUUUAUUUGUGCGUUUAUUUUUAUAGUUCAUUUAUUAAAAAAUGUUACAUUAUUUAAUGUAAGGAAGCUAAAACUGUAUGAAUUUUCAUCUAAUUACGAUAAAAGAUUUUUAAUAGAUUUUGAAAUUUUAUAAUCUCAUUUAUUUUGCAAAUAUCCAGACAAUCUUUGCUUUUUAUGUAUAAAUUAGUUAACAACAACGUUAUUUACCCGAAUGUAUCAUAAAAAUCAAUACAUUCAUACCAAGUCAUCAUCCCCAUUGUAGGAGAAUAGCAAAAAUAAUCUCAUUGAAUAGUAAUGUAAUAAUUUUUA